UUUUGAGCUUUUCUAAGCCCAAAAAACUUUCGACAAGAUGGGAAACAUGUGCUGCAAGAAGCGCCCGGGCAUCAUCCAGGGCGACGUCAAAGAUGGUGCCGCGUUCGCUAACGCUAAAUGCAUGUUGGCCUCCACAACGACUAAAGUCGGAUCUGGGUACUAUUUUCGCUAUGUUCCUAUUCAUCAAGAAGAAUAACUUAACUGCUUGAAGAUUUUCCCACCCUUGUAGUUAUAAUUACUUCUCCCUCCAUGAUGAUAUUCAGAUGAAGAUCUCAAAUAAAAUAAUAAUCAGUCUGCACCCGCUCUUCAUGAGCUGGGUAUCUCUCCUAUUCCUAUGUUGAUUCAUGCCAGAAACUUAUGUUGUCUUUCCUCGUGCAGCUAGACUUUGCACUUAUAUACUCUUGCUAGAAUUUGAUGCACUUGUACUUGUUGAUUCCGUAACUGCAACUGCAUUCUCAUUUAAUAUGCAGUUUACUAGGUAGUCAAUAUAGUGUACGACUUCAACUAUUCAAACUGUCUUUUCCUAAACAUCACAUAACAGCGCUGCCGAUCCCAAUGCCGUCAAAGCGAUGGAGGGAAUCUACACCCAGGUUAAUGGCGAUUUGAACCAAUUAGCGUCUAAAACUGGAGCCAAUUUGGGUGCUCUUAAAAAGAAGCCGCCGACCAGCGCCAAGGACUUCGCUACUAACCUUCUGCAGGGUGCCUACUCGUAGACCACUUGGAUUCUAGCGGUCGAAUAUUUGUAAGGGAGAACUUAUGAGAAAGAAGAACGUAUGAACAUGAGAUUUACAUACAACCAUUGUUCAUCAUGGAUCCUGCUUCGGAUCUUCUCCUAAUGACAAUAAUUUCUCCUAAUAGUAAUAAUGGAUCCCUCGGAUGUAGUUCUCAGUUUCUAUUCGCAAUACAUUCAUUCUUCAUAAGUGGAAGGUCCAGUCCUCAAUUGUAGAAACACCUUAGCACUAGAACUAUAAUUUUUAAGGAGCUGGUGUCUGGACAAUCUGAGCGAAGCUUUUCUGACUAGAUCUACUGUGAUGGCAAUGCAUACGUUCUUACUUUCUUCUCGUUUCACAAAUGAUACGAUUUUUGAAAACUACAAGAAAUACAAAGUCUGUUCAUUCUUCAUAUAAGUAUUCAUACUUCGUUCUGAUUAGUACAGGAGGUACAGCACCAAGAAGUAGAAGACGGAGGUACAGUCCUCAGAUGAAAAAGAUUAGUGUUACAAGAGGAGACUAAAAACAUUGGUUGGUGACAAUGAAUCAUUGUAGAAGAUAAGGCAUCAUGAAAAUGAAUCUUGGAAAAGAAUUGAAAAAUAUAGUCCGCGCUUGAACUAACGCUCGCAAAGCACUAGGCAUCGCUAGAUGACUGCGCAAGCACAUACUCAUAAUUAGAGAAAUAUCGGCAUUAUGAUCAUCUAUAUUCUUCACGAAAGCAUUAUGAUCAUCAAUCUAUAAAAUCUUCAGGAGCAAAGUGGUUUGAUUAGCUAUAAUCGUCACAGAAUUUCAAAAAUGAAUAUCGAAUAUAAUCUUCGUAGAAAGCAUAACCAUGGGUAAGAUACUACGUACUAGGACAGUGAUGAGAUUUACAAUCGCAAGAGUAUCGUGGACUUUAUUAUCAAUGGGCAUAAGAAUACUUUAUCUUUAUCGACGCGACCCAAUAGAAAUAUAUCGUACUGUAACUACUAUCGGAAAUCUAAUAUUACCGAUGUCACUAGAAGAGGGCUGCUAGAGGAGGCCGCCCACAAAAAAAACCAUGAGGAGCAUGUGGGCGAACGAAUUUUUAUGUCCAAGGGAAUAAAUAUAAUGCUUCUAUGUUAUAUGAACAACGAGGCAGAGCGAUCCGGG